AUGGAAUCCUUGCCUGGGGCCACCACAUCUACACACUUACACAUGGAGGCUUGCCAUGCCACCAAGCGUGCUGGUGCUUAUGCCUUGCGCCAGAUGCGGGAGGAUGGCCACUGGUAUGGUGAAAUGAAGUCCAAUGCCACUAUUACUGCAGAAUAUGUUUUCCUCGCACAAGCCCUAGGCUUCAGCAUCGAGUCAGACCGGGAUGAUCUCGUCAAGUAUUUCCUUUCCGAGCAAAACAAGGACGGUUCGUGGAGCCUUGCAUAUGAUUACCCAGGAGAUGUUUCCACCACCUCAGAAGCAUACUUCGCGUUGUGUCUGUUGGGUCUUGACCGAAAUCACGAAUCGAUGCGUCCCGCACGGGAGUUCAUCCUCUCGAAGGGUGGCAUAGCGAAGGUGCGCGUCUUUACUCGGAUGUUCUUCGCUUGCUUUGGGCUUUUCCCUUGGUCUGCAGUGCCCGAGUUGCCAGCCGAGCUGAUCUUGCUUCCUGAUGCCGCCCCCUUCGGCAUCUAUCGGCUGGCAAGCUGGGCGAGAGCGACCGUCAUACCAAUGCUCGUUAUUCGACAUCAUUGUCCAAUAUACGCUUUGCCAAAUGGAAAGUCCUCGUCGAAUGAUUACUUGGAUGAACUCUGGAUCAACCCGGCAGACAAGAUGGUCCCAUAUGCCCCUUCUAUAUGGUCAUUGUGGCAUGAUCUUACGGCGCUUGGAUUUACACUGGUCGACAAUGUUCUGCAAGCUUUAGGCGGUUUGCGGUGGUUCCCUCUAAGAAAGGUUGCACUUCGACAAUGUGUGGCUUGGAUACUGGAGCGUCAGGAGCCUGAAGGCGAUAUCGGAGGCAUCUUUCCUCCUUUGCAUGCUGCAUUGUUUGCACUUACGCUUGAGGGACAUGGUCUCGAGACUAGUCCUGUACGCCGAGGCAUUGAUGCUCUCCAAAACACCUACGCCUGGAGAGACAGCACUGGCUUGAGAAUACAAGGCUGUAUCUCGCCGAUCUGGGAUACCAUUCUCAUGACCAUUGGUCUUAUUGACUCCAGUCUACUGGCUACAAGCUCAAUCGUUACAAGGUCAUCACAGUACCUUAAGGCCCGUCAACAGCUAGGACCUGAAGGCGACUGGAGAGUGUAUAAUCGAAAUGUUUCAGCCGGGGGAUUCAGCUUCGAGUACUUCAACUCGUGGUAUCCGGAUGUCGAUGACACUGCCGCGGCGAUCUUAGCACUGGUGAAGCAGGAUCCAAACCUGUUGGACCUAGAUCCCAUACUAUGCGCAGUCAAUGACAUGGAGAGUUUCUGCGACCCAUCCACAGCGGACGUGACCGGACGUGUCCUGGAAUGCUUUGGUCUGUUAGUAAAACGGGGCACCGCACUAUCCAAAACUGCGAAAAACCCGAUUCCCAAUGAAUUCAUCGAUAGAAUGGCCUUUGCCACUGACCGGGCAAUCGACUUCUUGUCCAGGGAACAAGAGUCUAACGGGCCAUGGUUCGGUCGCUGGGGCUCGAACUACAUUUAUGGAACUAGUACGGUACUUUGCGGUUUGGUUUACCACCUAGACGGUUGGGAUGAUACGUAUCCCAUCAUGGAGAAGAGGCACAAAGCUGAUACUCACGCUGCCUUGGACUGGCUCAAAAGAGUGCAAAAUUCCGAUGGUGGAUGGGGCGAGCGCCUCGAAACAUACUAUGACCCUAGCCUGGGUGCCAAUGGGCCAUCCACAGCAUUGCAGACGGCCUGGGCAUUGAUGGGCCUACUUGCGUAUCUACCCCCUACAGAUCCAUCAAUCACUCGAGGCAUUCAAUACCUUUCACGGACACAGAUCAAAGAGGGAGAGCUCUCUGGGUCAUGGAAGGAGGACCACUACACAGGUACCGGCUUUCCGAACCAUUUCUUCCUUUGCUAUACCCUCUACUCUCAAUACUUUCCCAUGAUGGCCCUGGGCCGAUACACGAGUCUCUCCGGGUAUCGACCAUUGGAAGAUCUGGAUAGUACAGUGGAAGAUCCUACAUCUAAAUAA